GAACAAGACGAAAACAAACAGCAAUUGCCGUGUAAAUUGCAGGGAAAACACAAACAAUGCGGAUACGCGAGAAGCGCAAGUUGCAAAGGGAGGCGAGGGAGCAGAAGAGGGGGGAGCGGGAGAGCAAGGAGUACAAGGAGUCCCCCAAGUCGCAGGAUAACAACAACAAGGAGAAGGCCACCGACACGGAGGCACUCACACCAGCUCAUGCGCCUGCGCCUGCUCCACCAGCUGCUCCACCACCACCACCAGCAGCACCACCCACUUCGAGCACUCCGCCCAGCCUGCCGGCGGCCGAGAAGGUGGCCUUCGACAACCGCAUCAAGCGCAAGAACGUCCUGGCGCUUAACGAGAAGGUGGCUGCUUUGAGGGAAUACGAUCGCCUGCCGGUCUACAAGCACGUGGGCCGCCUGUUCAACUGCAGUCCGGACCAGAUCAAGCGGAUCGUGCAGCAGCGCCAGGAGAUCCUCAACGCCUGGGACCAGCGAACGCGGCGCAGUCAGGAUGCCAAGACCAUGGAGACCAAGACCGUGAGGGUUUCCAUGCUGGGCAAGGCGGUGUACGACUGGAUGCGCCGCAUGAUGUACUACAAGGACUUUAGCAUCUCCGACGGGCUGAUUCAGAAGAUGGCGCUGCAGUUCAAGAGCUCCAUGGGCCUGGCCCACUUCUUUCCGCACCAGGAGUGGUGCGACAAGUUCCGGCGCACCUACAGCAUCCAGCACAGCGACACGCGGCUGCUGAAGAUCGGCUACACGCAGGGCUACUCGGUGCAGAUCAAGGACAUCGUCAAGGACGUCAUGUCGGAGUGCAUGCCGGAGAGCGGGCCGCGCAACGAGCCGGCGGAGGAGGAGGAGGACGACGAGGAGGAGGUCAGCCUGGGCAGCCCGAUGAGCAGCAAUCCGCGAAGCUGCAACGACGAGGAUGAGGAUGACGAGGUGGACGUGGAUGGCGGCGAUAUCAGCGGGCGUGAGGAUGAACUGGAGCCCGAUGUGAAGCCCUCGUUGAGUGAACUUAACUUGGCCCGGGCCUUGCAGCCUCUGCCGCCUCUCGUUCGACUUCCUCUGCAGACCAACACCCCGCCGGGCACCUCCCAAAAGGUGCUCCUGGCCACGCCCAUUGUGCCGCCGCAAGCGGGUGGUCAGCCCAUGACCAUGACCAUCAUACCACUGGCCACCUUGGCCCAGAGCAUCACGCAGAUUCCGUCCCCGCAGCAGGAUAAGGGUCCUGUGGUGCCGCCGCCCAAACUGGAGAUCAAGCAGGAGAAGGACAUCAAAACGGAGCCGAAAGACCCAGAAGAACUUGAGGAGGGACAGACGGAGGAAAGCCUAGCCAAGCCAGUGCAAAUCAAGCUGGAGCCAGAGCCUGAACCCGAGUUGGAUGCGGAAAUGGAGGAGGAGGAACCGGCGGACCUCGACGAGGAUGCCAACAAUGGUCGCUCUAGUGUCACCUCGCUGGCCGAGGUCCUGGCCGCCAAUGUGGAGGACGAGAUGGAGUACAUCGAGCGGAUGCGGCAGCGCAAGAUUAGUUCGCCGGCGGCCAUCGAGAAGCCGCUGAAUCCCCGCCAGGGCACCAAGCGUCGCCACGAAUCCGCCCAGGACGACAACAACAAUGGAGAAAACGGCCAGGGAAGCGGAUCGAGUGUCAUUAGCUGCGCCGAUGCCCGCAAGUACCUAAAGCUCCUCGAGGAGUUUGCUCUGUACAAGGAGAACUACCGGCUGAUUGGCUUGAUCACGCGGGCCGAUGAGGUGAUGCGCGAAAUGGACGACCAUGUGGCGUAGG